AUGCUCAAGUUCUACCGCACUGCACAUAGCCUCCUGGACUCACUGGCUACUUGGACUGGAAUGAUGGAGCUUCCCUUGCCAGAGUGUUCAACCCUUACAGACCUUCUGAAGGGUCGCCUCUGGGGUCUGAGUCAGAGGAAUACAAGGUCAGCCCUGCCUGACAGCCCCGAAGUGAAGGCUGUGAAGUAUGAUGAACAGGAAACACAGGAUGAGAUUUCUAAGCUCAAAGAGACUUUGUGUCUCCAAGAAGAAAUCUUACAGGGUUUCAUUUCUGAUCUGGCGGUCUUCAAGGAGCAAGAGUGCCGAAGAGAUGCUCAGAUCACACAGAAUAAGAUAAGACUUUGUGAACUGGAAUAUUCAGUACACUGUACCAGGGAAAAGAAGCCAGAGAAGGAGGGCACCAUCACUAAUGGUGAAGUGCGAAUCAAGGAGUUGGAGGAGGGCCUUAACCAUCUCAGAGAGAAGAAGGAGAGGAUUGACAGUCAGAUUGAGGAGAGUCAGUGGAAGAUUCAGCAACUCGAAGAGGAUGUUCUUUAUCUAAGGGAGCUGGAAAAGACAAAAGCUGCUGUGAUUGAAAUAAAUAAAGAGAGAAAUCGAGAGCUGGAAGAAGUCAUUAGCUUUAUAAUGGAGCAAAAGCCAGUGAAAGAUGCCACACUGGCAGAUAGUGAACGACGCAUUGGAGAGGUGGAGAAGGGCCUGUGCAAUCUCAGGGAACACGAGCAGAGGAGAGACGAUCAGCUACGUGAGAGCAAAUGGAAAAUUUGCCAGUUGGAGGAGGAUAUUCGCUAUCUGAGGGAGGAAGAGAAGAAGAAAGUGGCUCAAAUUGAAGAAUUCGAAAGGAGGAACAGGGAACUUGAAGAUGUCAUUCGUUUCCUCAGAGAGCAAAACCAUGAGAAAGACGAGAAGAUUUCUGAUGGAGAAUGGCGAAUCAGAGAGAUAGAAAAGGGUCUUCACACUCUAAAGGAGAAGGAGCAGAGGCGAGAUGGUCAGAUCCGAGAAAGCAGUUGGAAAAUUAGCCAAAUAGAGGAGGAUAUUCAUCAUCUCCGUGAGCUGGAGAAGACCAAAUGGGCACAAAUUGAGGAUAACAAAGAAAGAAACAGAUGGCUGGAGAGUAUGAAUGCUCUCGGUGAUCAGGAGCGCAAGAUUAAUACCUUAGAGCAGAGAAUUGGUGAAAUAGAGGAGGGUGUUCAGUUUCUCAGUGGUCAAGUCCAAAAGACAGAAGGUCAAAGCAGGGAGGACAAAGAGCGAAUUAGGGAGGUAGAGGAAGGCAUUCGACUUUUACGUGAACAGGCCCAAGUGAAGGAUGGUGAGAUCCAUAAAAACAAACAGAGACUCAGUGUAUUGGAAGCAAGUUUUCACUUUCUCAGAGAACAGGAGCAGAGCAGAGACAAUCAGAUCAGGAACAAUGAGCACAAAAUCGAUCAGCUGGAGGAGAAAAUCUGUCAGGUCCAGGAGGCUUGUCUGAAAAAUGGCAAAGAUAGGUCUGGAGAAGUAAAAGAGGCUGAGCACAUGCAGGAUGAUCAGGUCUCAGAAGAUGAGCAGAGAAUUGAAGAGCUGGAGAAGAGUGUCCAGCUGCUCAGUGAGCAGGUGCAGAUUAGGGAAACCCAAUUCAAAGAGGACCAAAGGCGAAUCAAAGAGGUAGAGGAGGGCAUUCACCAGUUUAACGAGCUGCGGCAGCGCAGAGAUAGCCAACACGAAGAGACCAAACGGAGGAUCAUGGAGUUGGAAGAGGACAUUCACUAUGUGAGUGACCACCUGCAGAGAAGAGACAGCCAGAUAAGAGAUGAUGAACAGAGAAUAGAAGAACUCAAAGAGGGUGUUCAGUUUCUUAAUGAGCACCUGCAAAGGAGGGAUGGCCAGAUUGGUGACAAUGAGAAAAGAAUUGGGGAACUGGAAGAGGAUAUUCACCUACUCAGGGUGCAAGUGCAGAGAAGAGACUGCCAGAUGGUUGAGGAUGGCCAGAGGGUCAGGGAACUGGAAGAGUGCAUCCAACUUCUCAGGGAGCAGGGGCCAAAGAAAGACAUGCAUUUUGAAGAAAAUGAGCAGGUGAUUAGGCAACGGCAACAAGACGUGCACUUCAACAUCGUAUGA